AUGAGAUUUGCUCGAUUGUGUAAAUUAUACCUUUUCUUUUUAGUUGCAACUGCAACUAUAGCUGUAGGAGCACCUCUAGACAAUGUGAUCAAGACUUCCAUGGUCGAGGGCCAAGCCACAAUAGAAACAACAGUACCCCAAUGCCCAGCAGGUACUACAUAUGUAGCUUCCCUUUGCUUCAGUGUUGGCAGAAUACAGGUAUUUUGUCAAAACCCUCAAAACCCAACCCUAGAAAUCAUAGCAUUUACAGAUUGUGAACCAGAUGAAGUUUGUAUUGAACAUGAACACGCAAUCAAUGAAGACCUAAAUCGUCCACAUGCUACGUGUGUUAGUUCUGAAUUUUACACAGUAUGGGAUAAUUUUAAUAAUCCUGAUGCUGAUGCUUGUGCACAGGAAGUAUACAAACAUGAUCAUGGUGCACUUGAUGUGGAGAUUGCAAUGACGAUAUAUGCACAUGAUGGAAGACCGAUACAAGUAAAUUUGCUGAGGGCACUUUCUAAUGAUCAUGAACUUUCUAGGAUCUUUGAUAUGCACAAUUACACCCAAGUGAUUCGAGGUUAUAAUGGGGAAACAAUUAAGUACUGCUUUAAUACAGGCACCAAAAACCAAGUAACAGCUUAUGCUGGUUCUUGGAUUAUAAAUUAA